AUGGCAUGGAGAAUCUGUUCUGAAUCUAAUAAUCUAAUGGUGCAACUUCUAAGAAGCAAAUAUUUUAGAAAUGGAGAUAUACUUCACCAAAAGAUUGAAGCAAAAAACUGCUCCUAUGUUUGGAAUGGCAUCACUAAAGGUAUGAUUGUAGCCCAACAACAUUAUUUUAUGAAAAUCAAUAAUGGUAGAGGAACUAAGAUAUGGCUAGACAGAUGGAUCCCAGGUAUGACAACUCCACCAGUACCAGUUAAUGAAUUGUUCAGAUUUUAUGCAGAUGUUGUUGAGCUUAUUAUUCCUGGAAGACAAGAUAUAUGGAUGCCUUCUAAGGAUGGUAAUUUAUCUGUUAGGAGUACUUACAAUAAGCUUAGUCACUGUGCCAGAGAAGCUAAUGUCAAUGGAAUAAUUAUUGAUUUUGUGAUUUGGAAAAAACUGUGGAAAUCUGGAGCCACUCAUAUAAUUAAGCUCUUCAUAUGGAAGUGUAUCAGGGAGAUUAAUCAAACAAGAGAUAAGCCGGAAGUCCAUAAUGCUGAGCAAGAAACACAAUGUGGUUGUUGUGGCACUGGAAUUGAGACUAUUGAACAUUUGUUAUUAGAAUGUAGACAUGCCAGAAUUGUGUGGAGAGGAGUAAAUAUCAACAUUGAUGCAGUUAGAAAUAACUGUACAAGUGUGUCAGAUUGGUGCACAGGUUGGUUCACAACAGAUAAUAGCACAAAUGAACAUUGGUUGUUUACCUUAAUGAUUGGUGCUUGGAUCAUCUGGAAGGACAAAUGUGAUUCAAUUUUCCAGGGAGUUACUCUAAACCCAUUUAAUUCUGUGCACAAAAUUAACUAUCAUUUGCUUUCUCAUCUGAAAUCAUAUAAUCUUGCACAUGGACUUAUGCAUAACAUUACAUCUCACUGGAUACCUCAUUCACCAGGCAUUCUUAAUAUUAAUGUAGAUGCAUCUUUUGACAACAUUAUUCGGAAAACAUGCACUGGUCUAAUUAUUCGUGAUGAAACAGGUGCAUGUAGAGGGAUCAAAGGAAGUUUCGUACAUGGAGCAUUGAACACAGAAGAAGCAGAAUGUAUGGAAAUUCGUGAAGCACUUGCAUGGGCAAAGGAAAAAUCUUAUAACAAAAUCCAAAUAGAAGCAGAUGCUAAGCUUGCCAUUCAGUCUAUCACAGGCACUACUUCAUUAAUUCAGUGGGAAAACAGAAAUAUUCUGAAAGAGAUUAAACAUUUAUCUUCUUGUUUUAGUUUAUGCAAUUUUUCUUUCAUCGGUAGAGAUGACAAUCAAGUAGCAUAUGCAGUGGCUAAGUCAGUUAGAACUUCAGAAUUAGAUAUUGAGCUUUAUGAUAAUUUCAGUGCCAAUAUUUGUAGUCUUUUGGCAAAAGACUCAAGUACUAUUGAUCAAUAA